AAUAGCUCUCUUAUACAAGGUCUUUGGAAUCACGUGUUUCUAUUCUCCAAUCUCUCGCUGUUUGUAUUUCUGCCUUUCGCGUACUUAUUCACCGAGUCCACAGGGUUUGUGGGACAUAAGAAGGGCAUAAUUGCACGCGUCUAUGAAACAUUUACAGUAUUCAGUCUUUUAGCAACGGUUGUCUUGGGCAUAACCUAUGUGCUGUCCGCCGUCAUGGAUCCGGAAAGAAUUGGAUUUUUGUCACUGCUAAAUUUGGGCAGUGUACAUCUACCAUUUCUAUACUCCUGCGUUUCAUUUCUGGGUGUGCUUCUACUUCUCGUUUGUACACCUCUUGGUUUCGUUCGUCUCUUUGGCGUGAUGGGACAAGUGCUGGUGAAGCCGCAUCUGCUUCGCGACGUCAAUGAGGAAUACCAAGUAUACUACAUGGAAAUCGCCAGUGUGAAACGAAAAUUAGCGAACAUUGAACUGCUGAAUGUCAGCAUCAGUGGCAACGGUAGCAGCAGCUUGCGUUCCAGUUUGACGCGCAGCUACACAAAUGGUGGUGCCGGCGGCUAUUACAAACAUACAUCGUUGGAGCACCUGUAUCAACGAAAACCGCUAGAUAGCCACCAAAACGAGCAUGAAAAGCUCAAUCAAAGACUGAGAGAAUUGGAGUCUGAAAGUCGAGAGCUGGAAAAGCUACGCAAGUCGUCAGCGUUUCAACGCAACUUCGUCUAUCCACUGGCAAUGCUAUCGUUAUUGUUCUUUACGGGAAUAACAGUGCUGUUGGUGGUGCAAAAUACACUGGAGUUGUUAAUUGGAAUCAAAGCAUUACCUCUUAGCAAAAGAUUGCAGCAAUUCACACUUGGCAUCACGUCGCUGUCCAAGCUCGGUCCGUUUGGCGCCGGCUUAGAAGUGUGUCUAAUAUUUUAUUUGGGAGCCACUUCGGUCGUUGGGUUCUACACGAUGCCUUUUAUGCGUCAUGUGCGCCCACAAAAACGAAAAACUUCACUCGCCCAAUUGAUACUCAACUGUGCGUUGGUUUUAAUUUUGAGUUCAGCUCUGCCGCUGCUCAGCAGAAUUAUUGGUAUUACGAACUUUGAUCUGUUGGGUGACUUUGGUGCCAUAGAAUGGCUCGGCAACUUUCAGAUUGUUUUACUUUACAAUUUGAUCUUUGGCACCACGACGGCGCUUUGUUUGGUUAAUAAAUUUACAGCAGCUGUGCGUCAAGAGUUGUGUGCGCGGUUAGUAGAGAACUACGUGCUCUUCACCAAUUACAUGUCAUUCAUUAAUUGAUAUUUAUGUCAUCGGCGCAAUCAAACCUUUUCUAGUGACCGUACCAUCCAAAUGUCGAUGAGUAAGCAACGCUUACUUUUGCAUGGCAUUAUUACGGGUUUGGGCAGUGGUUUUGUUGCGUCGCAAAUAAUUAAGCUGGUAGGUUACUAUUAUGAUAGCAAUGCAGUUGAAGCAAAUACUAACGGUGAUGUAGAGAGUUGAAGUGUGUUAGAGCAAAGCUUGGCUGCGACCCUCACAAUAGUCGGCGAUACAUUUUCCUAUUCGAUCGUAAAGAAGAGGAAAUAUAAAAAUUACCAAUCCACGAAUGCCAUUGCGACAUUAAAUUUCGGCGCAUUUCACUAUAAUUACGUAUACUUUACACAGGUGUAUAAAUUUUUAAAUGAAAUUUGCCAUAUAAACCCGUUACACUGGUUAAUCUUUUCGGUACUAAGUAUUUAUUUAUCAGAAGGAUUCUCCCAAAUUCUCUUAAACGAUUUUAUGUUUAGUCAAAAAAAAAAACGUUUUAUCAAAAAUUUAACUUAUUGUAU